GAGAGGGGAAAAGGGAGAGAUGGUGAAACAAAAUGGCUUGCAACUAACGUUGGCAUCGUUGUGAGACGACCAUUCGCCCUGAGAGAGAGAGCGGGAAGAGAGAGAGAGGCGUGUGUGCGCUUUCGAUAGCGAUAUCGGCCGGUCACAUCGCUUCUCUUCGUCCGCCCUCCCCAUGUGACCAGGCAACCCCUUCCUCUCUCUCUCUCUCGCUCUCCCCCCUUCUCUUUCUCUCUCUCCUGGCUGCCGUGCCAUCCUGCGAAUUUUCUCCGGGUUGGUGACGAUUUGGUGCAGGGGGACCGAUCUUCCUGGUUGAGGACAAGUUUUGCGUAGUUGGAUUCUCUGAUUUCUAGGGUUUUGAGAGGCUUCUAGUUGUUGGGCACCUCCGAAUUUAUGGGGUUCCUUCCUUGGGCGCGUUCCUGUUCGAGGUAUUAUGCUUGAGUUCUAUCAUAAACUCGUCAGAGAUGGAAUCAUAUGAUAAAACCUGUGGUGAAGCUUUGCAACUAGAGAGUUUGUCUUCGGGUGGUCUAAGCACACCAGAGAAAAGUGAACAUGUGCAAGAAACUUCGAAAGGACAAGAUACUAUUCAAGGAUUUCUCCAGUCCUGUACCAAGAAGGAACUGGUGCAGACAUGCACCACAAAAGAUAAGAAGAUCUCAGGCAUUUCAAAACACAUCCCCAAGGCAUUGAGCAACAAAAUAUACAAGAAUCAUGAAAGCAGGAAGAGUUCAAGCCAGCCGACAUCCAAUGGUAAUCAGGUUGCUCUGAAGAAACUACAGAGGAAAGGGGAUAAUCCUGUUCGCCUUCCAUCUGUGUCUGAUAUGUUAUCUGAUGGCAAUCGUGCCAGUAGUUGGGUUUGUAAGAAUUCUGCAUGUAGAGCAACUUUAAGCUUGGAUGACACAUUCUGUAAGAGGUGCUCAUGUUGCAUUUGCCAUUUGUUUGAUGACAACAAGGAUCCAAGUCUCUGGUUUGUCUGUUCAUCCGAAUCUAAUGGAGGGGAUUCAUGUGGGUUAUCCUGUCAUAUUGAAUGUGCUCUUCAGCACCAAAAAGCAGGAAUAGUUGAUCUUGGGCAGCUGAUGCAACUGGAUGGUAGUUAUUGUUGCCCUUCCUGUGGUAAAGUUGCAGGGAUAAUUGGGUGUUGGAAGAAGCAGUUGGCUAUUGCUAAAGAUGCAAGGCGUGUUGAUGUUCUUUGCUAUCGUAUAUCCUUAAGUUACAGGCUGCUUGAUGGAACAUCUCGUUUCAGAGACCUGCACGACAUUGUGACUGAUGCAAAGUGCAAGCUUGAAACUGAAGUUGGUUCUGUGAAUGGAAUGUCUGCCAGGAUGGCUCGUGGCAUUGUUAGCAGGCUAUCAGUUGCUGCUGAUGUUCAGAAGCUCUGUGCUCAUGCCAUUGAAAAAGCUGAAGCCUGGCUUACUUCCGUUUCCAAUUCUCAUCCAAGUCUAAAUGAAAAUUCACUUCCUGCUGCUUGCAGAAUCCAGUUUGAAGAUGUUACAUCUUCAUCUCUGGUAAUUAUCCUUAAAGAUCCAUCCUCAGGUUCAUCAGAUAGCGUCCAUGGUUAUAAGUUAUGGUACUGCAUGAGUCGUGAGCAGAAACACCAAAAAGAACCCAUAUGUAUCUUGCCAAAGUCCCAGCGAAGACUCCUAAUCUCAAAUUUGCAGCCAUGCACAGAGUACACAUUCAGAAUUAUUUCUUUCACAGAGGCUGGAGACUUGGGGCACUCUGAAUUUAAGUGUUUUACCAAGAGUGUGGAGAUAAUCCACAAGCAAUCUGAUCUCCUGGCAGCCCCAGAAAAUAAGAGCGACAGCUUGGGUAUUAGUGGUAGCUCUGCCAGUGCUAAAAGAGGAUCUAGGACAAUGAAUGCCUCUGCUGGAUUCAAGGUCAGAGAUCUAGGCAAGAUCUUGCGAGUAGCGUGGGCCAAAGAACAUGGCUGCUAUGAUGAAUUCUGUGAUGCAGAUGAAGACUGCGCAGAAGUUGAUGAUGGGAGUGGUUCAAUGAAGCAAGAAAUUGCUGAGGAACCACAUACUCAUUCUCGGGGCCUUGAUCUAAAUGUUGUAUGUGUCCCAGAUCUGAAUGCUGACCUGGCUUCACCUUUGGAUUGUUCAAAGGAUGAAGGCAGCUCAGAGCGGAUAAUUGAAGCUGAAGAGGAUGUCCUUUCUCAUGGAAGGGAUAAGAAUGCACAGGCUGAAUACAAUGACAGUGAUUCACACUGGUUAAUGAGGCCAGUGAAAGAAAUCCCAGCUAUUGAGACACACACAAGAUUUCGAGAUAAAAAGAUGGCAAACGGGAAUGAAGAAGCAUAUGAUUGUGAUAGUACUCUCAUUAAUGGUUCACCAUUAAGAUUUUCUGCUGGGCCCGGGUACCUGGAUGGGAACUAUGAGUACUGUGUGAAAAUAAUUAGAUGGUUGGAACGAGGAGGUCACAUUGAUAAGGAUUUCAGGAUGAAUUUUUUGACGUGGUUCAGUCUUAGGUCUACUGAAGAAGAAAGGAGGGUGGUUAACACAUUUAUUCAGACCCUCAUUGACGAUCCUAGCAGCUUGGCUGGUCAGUUGGUGGAUUCAUUUUUAGAUAUCAUCUCUAACAAACGACCCCGUAAUGGAUUCUGCAGCAAGCUGUGGCAUUAACAUCAGAUCAACCGGAAGCUGGAUAGGAAAUUGCCAGUUUCAAUUUUUUUCCCAUCAGAAUUAUUCUUUUCCCUCCCCAUGUUUCCCUGAUUUUCUUAUUGCUCCCUACAGGCAUCUUCUACUUCUAAUCAUUCGGCUGCAUGUUCCUGCUCCCUGCCUAUGGAGAGGGUUUCUCGAUUAUUAUCUCUUGGAGUGGUUCAUUGAAUUGAAAGUGACAGAAUCACACCAGAAUUUAUUUGUCCAUGUUCUUUUACUGCAACUUUACCCCAUUAAAAUUGUUUUUUUGAUGUGAA